ACUCCAGACUAGGGGUCGAGCGUAGUGAGCAUGUAUUUAUUAACACAUCCCCAGUGUGCAUCUUGAGCCGGUCUGUUGCACACAGUCAGUGUGGGGUGUCGAUGUUUUAUCGCGGUCUUUUACUUUUGACAUUAAUGUAAUGUCGCGAAUUAAAGAAACAGCCUGCCGUCGGAUUUGAUGUCUCUGCGACUGACAGAGGUAGCUUGAGAGAGGUCUCAUUUCGUGUCUCUCCUCCUCCCUCUCUGUCUGGCUAAGUGGUGAAGAUGCUCUGUGGGGUUUAAUAGAGAGCAGCAUGGACGAGGCUGCCAGCCACCUGGAGAGAGACCAUGUUCACAGCGUGUACGAGAGAAUCGCACCCUACUUCAACGACAGCCGCUACAAAGCUUGGCCCAAGGUCAAACAGUUCCUGCUAGAGCAGGAGCCCGGCAGCAUCGUGGUGGAUGUCGGAUGUGGAAAUGGCAAAUAUCUGCACAUCAAUGAGGAUAUCUUUAAGUUGGGCUGUGACGUGUGUCGGCCGUUGGUGGACUCUGCGUGGAGUCGAGGUCACGAGGUGCAGCUUUGCGAUGGCCUGCGUUUACCCUACAGAGACGGCUGCUUUGAUGCAGUGCUCUCCAUUGCAGUCAUCCACCACAUGUCCACCAAAGAACGGCGUAUUCGAGCAAUAAAAGAGAUGGCGCGCACCCUGCGUGUGGGAGGGCGGAUCAUGAUUUACGUUUGGGCCAUGGAGCAGAAGAGGCGCAAGUUUGAGAAGCAGGACAUCUUCAUUCCCUGGAACCCCAAUCCCCCUUUAUCUCCUGCCCUCAGAGAGCGAGGCAACGGAACCCAAAGCGUCAGCGACGACUCCGCUUCCAGCGACAAGCACAAGAAAGUGAGAAGCACAUCCUCCAUGCUGGACGAAUCAGGAGACUUGAUCAGCCCCGGCCAGCAGAAACAACAGAGGCUUUGGUUCUUCUCCAGAUCUUUGGAUUCAGUGCUGGACUUCACCAGCCUGACCGUGUCCCGCUCCUCUUCCAGCACUUUACAAAGCCCUGUCGAUGAAGCAUCGGAAAGCAGAAGCCGGCGAACUAGCAGUAGAGGUCUCAUCAGGCAGAUGUCCAGCCUCUUUUCAUCCUCUUCCAGAACCAGUCUAGAAGAAGACGUCUUCAUCUCAGAUCCCAACGAACAGGUCCAUAAAAAUGACAACAGAAGUUCUGGGAAUGGAAAUGAGACUGUUCCUGUGGAGCUCGUCCAUGAUUGUUCUGCAGUACCAUUGCCUGACUUGGUGUCCUACCAGAGGGAUCAGUCAACUCUUGAAGGACACGUGGAGGUAGAUGGUAAAUCGAGCCAACAAGAGCCCUUGCAGAGGCAGGAAAGCACAGCGUCUCUUCUGGAAAGCGAUGGGAUGAGUGGACAGAGCAGCGAACAGCUGAAGGACUCUUGUCUGAGAUACUACCACGUAUUCAGGGAAGGAGAACUGACACAGUUUGGGCGCACAGUAGGUGGUUAA